UGUUGUUGUCUGUCCACCAGGUGAUGGGGGGACUGAAUGGAGACAUGUUCAAUUAUUACAAGAUGCUGAUGCUGCAGGGGCUGAUCGCUGCCCGCAAACACAUGGACCGCGUGGUGCAGGUUGUGGAGAUCAUGCAGCAGGGUUCCCAGCUUCCCUGCUUCCACGGCUCCAGCACUAUCCGUAACCUGAAAGAACGCUUCCACAUGAACAUGACGGAGGAGCAGCUGCAGCUCCUGGUGGAGCAGAUGGUGGACGGCAGCAUGAGGUCCAUAACCACCAAACUCUACGAUGGUUUCCAGUACCUGACCAAUGGCAUCAUGUGAAAGGGGGCGCAGAGGACGCGAUGCCCCCCUCCUCCGUUCCAGGACUCCUGACUUUUAUACUAGAGCCGCAGGGG